CCUUGAGAUUAUUUAUUAGAGGUGCGGUGGUUCAGGGAGGGGCUUACGUCCAGUCUCCACUUUCCCAGUCGUUCAUUUUGCUUUAGUAUGUUCACUGGACUUUGAAAUGACGGCUGGAAUAUGCGCGAGGAAAGCUGGCAUACUGGACUAAUGUGUAAACUGAGGCAUGGACUUGGACUUGAGCAGCACCGGAGAAAAAGAACCGUGGUGUCUUCUUGUUGUCAUGACGAUGAUCAGCUGACGCUCCUCCUCAAGACGUACCCGAACAACAGGAUACGCACCACCAAGUACACGCUGUUGUCCUUUAUACCCAGGAACCUUUUCGAGCAGCUUCAUCGCGUCGCCAAUAUCUAUUUCAUCUUUUUGGCUGCUCUCAACUUUGUUCCUGUUGUGGAGGCGUUUGAGCCAGAGGUAGCACUGAUCCCCAUUAUUCUGGUGCUCCUAGUGACGGCUCUGAAGGACUUCUGGGAGGACCUGCGCAGGUUUAGGUCUGAUCGUGAGGUGAACAGGCUCAAGUGCAGGGUUUAUUGCAGGUACGCUGACCUGGCACGUGAAAGGUCAUGCUGAUAAACACACGUGCAUAGAUCUUUAUUGUGAUGUAACUACAUGUAUUUUAAUGU